AUGGAACGCUCCCGGGAGGCCGAGGCGGAGCUGAGAGGGGGCCGCAGCCCACCCAGGGCCAGCCGGAGCCCGGAGGUGGACGGGGACAGGGCGCUGAGCCACAGCUGCUGUAUCUGCGGCAAGACCUUCCCCUUCCAGAGCUCGCUGUCCCAGCACAUGCGCAAGCACACGGGCGAGAAGCCCUACAAGUGCCCCUACUGCGACCACCGCGCUGCGCAGAAGGGCAACCUCAAGAUCCACAUCCGCGGGCACCGCGCGGGUACGCUGACCCAGGGCCGCGAGCCGGAGGCGGCUGAGACGCGCGUGUCCGAGGGGCUCGGCGGCUGCACCAGCCCUACCAAGAGCACCUCGGCCUGCAACCGCAUCCUGAACGGCGCCACGCAGGCGGACACCGGCAAGAUCCUGCUGCGCAGCACGCGGAAGGAGGCGGAGGGCGCAGCGGCGGGGCAGUGCGCCUUCUGCAAGAGCAGGUUCGAGCGUAAGAAGGACCUGGCGCAGCACGUGCAGCAGGCGCACAAGCCCUUCACGUGCCGCCUGUGCAGCUACGCCACCCUGCGCGAGGAGGCCCUGCUCAGUCACGUCGAGAAGGACCACAUUGCGGCGCAGGGGCCGCGCGGCAACGCCUUCGCCGAGAACGGCAAGCCGGAGCUACCGGCCGGCGAGUUCCCCUGCGAGGUGUGCGGCCAGGCCUUCAGCCAGACCUGGUUCCUGAAGGCGCACAUGAAGAAACACAGGGGCUCCUUCGACCACGGCUGCCACAUCUGCGGCCGGAGAUUCAAGGAGCCGUGGUUCCUGAAAAACCACAUGAAGGCGCAUGGCCCGAAGGCGGGGAGCAAAAACAGGCCCCGGAGCGAGCUGGAGCCCGUGGCCACCAUCAACGACGUGGUGCAGGAAGAGGUGAUUGUGGCCGGCCUGAGCCUCUACGAAGUCUGCACCAAGUGUGGGAACCUGUUUACGAACCUGGACAGCUUGAACGCGCACAACGCCAUCCACCGCAGUGUGGAGGCCGGCUGCCCGCGGGCCGCCGUCGGGGAGGGCUCAGCGCCCGGCCCCGCCGACUCCCAGCAGCUCUUCCUUCAGUGCCUGAAUCUGCGCCCGGCGGCCGGCGCACCCGCCCGCGGGCUGACCGGGCGGCGCGUGGCUGAGCUGGACCCGGUCAACAGCUACCAGGCCUGGCAGCUGGCCACCCGGGGCAAGGUGGCCGAGCCGGCCGAGUACCUCAAGUACGCGGCGUGGGACGAGGCGCUGGCCGGUGAUGUGGCCUUCGACAAGGAGCGACGCGAGUUCAUCCUGGUGAGCCAGGAGAAGCGCAAGCGCGAGCCCGAGCCGGGUGCACAGGGCCCCCCGCGCAAGAGGGCGGGCGCGCCCGGGGACCCCGCGCCGGGGCCCGCGGACCCCCGGCCCGCCGCGCGCCCCAGCCGCCGCGCCGCCGUCCCCGCCAGCCACGGCAAGUCGUCCGAGUGCUUCGAGUGCGGCAAGAUCUUCCGCACGUACCACCAGAUGGUGCUGCACUCGCGGGUGCAUCGCCGGGCGCGCCGCGACCGAGAGCGUGACGGCCCCGGCGACCGCGCACCGCGCGCCCGCUGCGGCUCCCUCAGCGAGGGUGACUCGGUCUCGCAGCCCAGCAGCCCCGGGUCGGGCUGCGCCGCCGCCGACUCCCCGGGCUCGGGCCUCGCCGAUGAGGCUGCCGAUGAGAGCGGAGAGGAGGCCCCAGCCCAUCCCGCAGCAGGGGCAAAGCCACACCGUUGCUGCUUCCCUGAAGACGUCUCCUUGACCAUGCUCUCCAACGGAGACCAAAGUCACACGCUGGGACACAGCCCGUCAGGAAGAGCGGCCGGGGAGCCCGGUGCGGGGAUCGCGGCCUGCGUGUCCGUACUUGAAAGCAGCAGCAGGGAUGCGCCCAGGAGACCCGAGCCGCCUCGGUGUUCUGUGGACUUGAAGACGCCGGCGUGUGGCCCCCAGCAGGAGGGCCCGAGCCCCAGGGACGCGGCUGACCUCCCUCCACGCCAGGCCCCGGCAGCGGGUCUGCAGCCGCCCUCCGAGAGCCAAGCCGCCCACCCCCGGGAGAGGCCGCCGGAUUUGCACACCAAGGAGCACCCCGUGGUGGGGAAGCGGGCGCCGGCCCCAGACCUGGUCCCACUGGACCUGAGCGAGCGGUCCUCGCGGGACGACCCUGGCCGCCGGGAGCCGGCCUCCUCUCUGCAAGCGGCGCUGGCCGUGCACCCAUGUCCCUACUGCAGCCACAAGACCUACUACCCCGAGGUGCUCUGGAUGCACAAGCGCGUCUGGCACCGGGUCAGCGGCCAGGCCGUGGCCCCGCAGUGGACUCAGCCCAACGGCUACAAGAGCAUCAGGAGCAACCUGGUGUUCCUGGCCCGGAGCGGACGCACGGGCCCCCCGCCUGCCCUUGGGGGCAAGGAGUGCCAGCCUCUGCCCAUCUCCAGGUUCACCCGGACCCAGGUGCCGGGCGGGGCGCUGGGCCCCAAAGGCAGCCCCUCGCCCCUGGGGGCGCCCACGAAAGCCGCCGGCCUGCCCCGGAGCAAGGAGGGCCACUCCGGGGCGCCCUGCGUGCUCUGGACGGCCGGCCCCGACGGGCCCCGGCAGACCCGGCCUGGCCCCGGCCCCGAGCAGCCUCAGCCCAAGCCCAAGCAGGAGGCCGGCCCCAGACCCGGGCCCGCGGGGGGCAGCGGGGGCUUCAGCAGAAGCGCCACCCCCACGCCCACCGUCAUCACCCGGGCGGGCCCCCAGCCCCCAACCAGCGGCAGGCAGGGGGCGGGCCUCGGGCCCCCAAAUAAGCACAGUGCCCCGGACCCCCCCAAAGCCAAAUUCAGCCCUCAGCCUCAGGGCCAGCUGCACGGGAAAGGCGACGGGGGCGCCCCUCUACCUCCCCGGGAGCCCCCCUCCAAGGCCGGCUCCAGAGGGCCCGUGGCCCCUCAGGGCCUGCCCGCCCCGCACCCCGUCAAGCAGGAUCCUGCGUCCGAGGGCCCCGAGAAGCGCCUGGACCUCCUCAGCAUCUUCAAGACGCACAUCCCGAAGGACCUGGCUUCUCUCUACCAGAGCUGGGGCGCCAGCGGCCCUGUGCUCGAGCACAGAGGGACGCUCCGGACGCAGGCCCACCAGGGAGACUUCAUCUGCGUGGAGUGUGGGAAGAGCUUCCACCAGCCCAGCCACCUGCGGGCGCACAUGCGGGCUCACACAGUGCUGUUCGAGUCUAACGGCCUCCGAGGUGCUGACGCCCGCGCCACCUCUGCAGACGCCCCCAAACAAGGGAGAGACCAUUCUAACGCAGAUGCUGUCCACACAGUGCCUCUCAGAAAGGGAACCUAG